AUGCGAUCCAGUAUCGCUUGCGCUCGCUGCCGUCGCAGCAAAAUCAAAUGUGUCAAUGCCGGUAUCGAUACCACCUGCCGCGCCUGCGAGUCGUCCGGUCGAGAUUGCGUUUAUCCUACCCCGGCCAUCGGCACCGGGGGUGGCGCCGCUAAACGGGACAUCGCUGCGAUGGGCGACGGGGAGGAUCGCAAUGGCGACUGGGACAGCCCGAAGAGACAGCGGUCCCGUAAGACAGUCGGAGUUUCUUCGUCCGCCAGCAAGGAUGCAGCCAAGGCCUCCCUCGAUGCGCUGGAUUCCUCCGUCCUGACCCUCAAGGUCUGGGAAGCUGUCUUCGACCUGUUUCAGUCCAAUUUUGCGACUCUCCUGCCUUUCCUGCAUCCCGCCUCCUUCAUGAGUCAGAUUCGACAGCUCUCUCACAACUCCACCGUUCAUCCUACCCCAACUCAUACCGCCGCCCCUGCAGCCGCUUCCUCGACCAACCCCGAAAAUGCGCGCGAUCCGGCACAAAGUCCGCCGUUCCCGAAACCGGAUCCGAAUCCAUUACUCCCCUUGGGUGUCCUGGCCCUCACCGCUCGUUUUCACCCCCAACUGGUCGCCUACCACUCCCCGGUCCCCCCAGGAAACCCGUCCAACCCUCUGGCUGCCUCCGAGUUCUAUGCGACGGCGUUGCGUAGCCGGCUGGCCGGUGUUGACGGCGCCAGUCUGGCAGUCCCCGAUCUGACCCGAGUGCAGGCGCUGUUGAUCCUAGCCCUCCAUGAAUGGGGUAUGUGUCGUGGGAAGAGUGCGUGGCUAUAUGUGGGCAUGGCCAUCCGUCUGUCCCAGGCAAUGGGUCUUCCCUUUGAGCUGGAGAAUGAUGCCUUUGCCCGCGACGGUCCCCUAAAGGCUGAAGUUGAGCUCUUUGGGAUCCCUCGUCGACCAACUGAACCCAAGGAACAGACGUCCGACGAUAUAAUUGCACAGGAGACCAAGCGCCGCACCUUUUGGGCCUGCUUCCUUCUGGACCGCUGCCUCAGCAGCGGCAAGUAUCGGCCCCGAAUGAUUCGGGUCAAGGAACUCGGUAUUCAACUUCCCAGUGACAAUGCCUUUGCUUUUGGAGAACGCGUGCGCACCUCGCGCCUCAGCGACCCGACUGUACGUCGUCCACAAAGUUUUGGUGCACAGGGCGUCCAAAUUCCCAGCAUUCGUCAGAGUCUGGGCGGCUUCAACGACGAUAAACUGCCCAACAACGGACCCCAGGAUGCGAAAUCGUGGUCCCCAAUUUCCCGACGGAAGGACUCAAGCGAGGAUGAGAUUGACCGGUGGGAGAUCGGAGCUGAAGAAGCAGUGUUGAGCCGCGUUAUCCGAAUCAUUCGCAUUUGGGGAAGCAUUGCGAAAUGGUCCUGUGCUGGUGGGAGAAGAACUGAACAGUUUCCCCCCUGGCACCCCGACUCACGCUUUGCAAAGCUCCGCCUGAUGCUAGGGGAAUUCCAGGACAGUCUCUCGCGCAACCUGCAGUAUUCACCGCGGAACACCGACACUCACAUCAUGUACAAGAACACUCUAGCUCCCUAUACGAUGAUGCACGUGGUUUACUUCCUCUCGGUGAUCGUUCUCCACCGCGCUUAUAUUCCAUUCCUCCCAGUCCGCUGUUCAGAGCCCGUUGGCCCGCUGGACGAGCCGCUCUUCCCUACUGAGAGGUCUCCCGCGUCGGAUGGAUUUUGGCGUGAGAGCGCUCGAGAGCUGGUCCGGGCGGCUCGACAGAUGAUGGAUCUCGUGGUGAUCUGCCAGGACCGAGGCGUGCUGAUUGAGAACCCUCUGGUGGGGUUUGCGGUUUAUAAUGCCGCCUUUGUAGGGGUCUACACGGCGCAUUUCCCCCACAUGGACACGGAGGGCAUCCUGGCCCCAAAGCUGACCCCGACAGGCGACCGGAACCACCAAGGCCAGGCUCAAGCUCGCAAGGCCCUCGACAUCCUGCGCGACAUGCGGGCCCGUCUCCGGAUGGCGCGGGGGUGGUUCCGUACGCUGAAUCGACUACACAGUUAUUUUACCAAAGUCAAGCGGGACUUCCGCCGUCACUCGCGCAAGUCGGAUAUGAUGGCGGAUGCGGCGGAUGCUCAUGCCAAUGGCGUGCGACCGGUGCGGGAAGGGGGCGCUGGUGGCGGCCUAGAGGAGUUCAAGCUCAUUGAGAAGCUGUUCCUUGAUUUCGGUGCCAUUGAAGAUCAGUUGCCUGACGGAGCUGCGGAUGAGGACGGCGCGGCAGUUGCCAGCGAUCGGGCAACCAACCUCAGCGAUGCGGGCAGCAACGCCGUCCGCAGUGAAACUGGCGACGCCGGAGAGCCGCCGAUGGACGGGGCCGGUGGACGCCGUGAGUCGUGGGUUCCGAUCAACAGUCCCGGCAUGCAAUUGCCGGGGCCAGAUGGUGAACGACGACCCAGCCUGCCGCUACCUCCUGGUCGGACUUUGCAGUCCCAAUCUCCCUUCUCGCUUCCAUCGCUGCAGCACCAUGCCGAUGGUGGCAUUUACAACAACUCCUCGCCCACGCUUCCGUCGAUCGGGCAGACCGGAUCGUAUCCCCCGGCCACGACGGGCGGACCAGCCUCCUCGCAAUACGUUCCACCGCCGCCGUCCAAUCGACUUCAGCCCAUCAACUCGUGGCUGACCUCUCGACCACAACCGCCGCCUGGGCCGUACUCCCAGUCUCUCCCGCCAAUCAGUGCCACGGCUUCACAUAAUCUUCCCCUGUUGCCGCCUCCCGGAGCCGUCGGGCAUCCCGGGGCCUCACCACCGGUGACGGUGGACGGCAUGGAGAAUGUGAGCACUAAUGGGCUAUGGUCGACCAGCCUUGGUGGUGACGACGUUCUGGCCUUCCUGGAGGGAUGCGAGUACGAACAAUGGGCAAUGAUGAUGCCGUCGGAGGUGGGCAUCCCGGCAGGAUGGCUCAGCACUGUGUGGACCGAAUUUUCUCGAUGA